ACCACACUCACUACUCAGCGACCUAGGCGCACAUCUGCCGGGGACGAUGAGGAUGCUGAGGCGGAUGAGGAAGACGAAGAUGGUAGCGAAGGCACACGCACCUCGUCGAGCCGCUCACGUAGGUCGAUGCGCAGUGGUGAGGGGUCCUCCUCCACGAGGCCUUCAAGGACUGGUGGUAGCGGCACUACUGACUCGGUUGUGAGGAGUACUGCUAGUGCAGGUGGCUCUCCACGGCGAACCCGUGAAGAAGAUAGUGAAGCUAUGCACAUGAGCACGCAAGCUGCGGCGCAAUUGAGCUCAAGAAGCACCAGAGCAAGAAGCUCCGGUGGGACGCGCUCAUCCACACCAUCAGGUAGCACCAAGGCAGGUCGUGGCACAACAGAAGCUAAGAAAAGGUCAACGCGGCGACCUCCUCCAGGCGGAGGCCGAGAUGUGGCUCCAGACAGGGCGCGUGGCGGUGGAUCGAAGGUUGUUGAAAAUGGAACACGCGACAUGCGUCUCCUCCGCGUGGUAGUCAACGGAUUUGAAGCGAACGUUGUUGAGGUCGUAAAGGCGAAGCGCGGAUUCAUCUAUAAAAUUGAUAACAUACUACCUUUCAGGUGGAACCCCGGGCCAACGAUUGCAAAGUUCUUCCAAGAAACACCAGACUUCGUGAAGCUCGAUUAUUUCUUUCAGAGGCUGCCGCGAAAAUUACGCGACCAGGUCAGUACAGCCCAAGACAACUAG